AUACAGCUUUCUGGUUUCAAUUCAUUUCAUCUGUUUAGUUGUUGAUUAAUCUUAUUCCUGUUUGUUUUUCAUUGCCUUCAAACCCUCUACUUAGGCUUAGAUUGACCCAAAGAUGGUUGGAGGUAUUGAGAUUCCAUUUAUAAUAAGUAACAGCUUAUAUUCGUAUCAUCCGGAUCCUUAUAUUCGUAUUCCUAUGAUUUCGUUUACAGGAACUGACAACACCCAUUACUUGGCACUGGUACUUGAAACAUCUCAUUACUUGCAGUGAAAGCAACCGGCUCUAAUGCUUGGAUGUCUUGGAUACAGGUUCACGAAGACACAAUAGGUAGCAUCCCACUAAUUAUCAUCCACUCUAAUGUUUCGGCAACAACCUCAAUUGCAAAACUACAAUCACUAUUAUUUUGAGACUCUUCACUCUGUUUACAUUUUUACAUUUCGUCCACAUACAACUCUCAUUUUAUACUAUAAAUUAUCUAACAUGUGUGCAAACAUAUAAAAAUAAUAGAAAUAGAUUGUACACCCAUAAUAUUGAUAGGUAAAAAAGUAUACAUCGCAAAUUCUAAUGUAAGGACAUGUAUAUUAAUCAAUAACAUUUUUAAAUUUCAUAAAUAAUAUAUACGGAAAGAGUCAAAAAAUAGUAACCAACCCAUAACAUUCUCUUCCUACGAUCAACACUCUAAUCGACAAUAAAAAAAAGUAAAUAUAAACAUAGAUUCACAAUUACUUAAAAAUAAAAUAUAUAAUUAUAUAGUCGAAUAAGAGACACGAUAUAAAAUAAUGUAAAAAUGAAUAAAUCAACAAUUCUACAUCACUGAAAUAAAAACAUAAUAAAACUUCAAAUAAACAAUCUUAUUAAUCCUAAGAAAAAAUUAGUUAAUUGUAAUGCGAAUGAAAGUAAAUAAAUAUUAACAAUCAAUAAAAUGAUGAAUCAUAUUAAUAUAAAACAAAAUAUUUUAAAAUAAAACAAAUAUUAGACAAAAAUCAAACAUAUUUACUUUAACAAUUUAAAUUAUUUUUAAAUUAUCAUCCCGCCCGUAGGGCGGGCCGGUCCUAGUAAUGAAUAAAAGAACUUACGCUCAAUUCAAAAAAACAUAGCUUUUAGCUUUUCUGUAUAGGUGGUUAUUUGAAAAACUAGUUUCCUUAGAUUUUAGGGAAUCAUUUUUUCCAAAAUCUUGAUCAGCAAAAAAAAUAGUUUUUCAAAAACAAAAGUCAUAAACCAUUUCAAAAACUGAAAACAAUCAAGCUCCAAACGUAGAUUUCCAUUUUUUAAGGAAUGACUAGCUUUAGUUGACAAAAAAAAGGAAUGACUAGUUUCAUUUUAUCGAUGACGGUGAAUUACAAGAAUACCACUUUCACUAGCUUGCAGACCAAGUCAUUUUCUUUAACUAAUAAUAUCUUUACACACCCGACCUCGUUCCCCUAUAAAUACCAAACCACCACAAGUGAAACAACACAAACUACAAAGAGAAACACACAAAAGUGAAGUCAGUCAAAUUCAAUUCAAAACAAUCAACCAUGGUUGCAAGAAGUGAGAAUCUUGAUCGGACUGUGGAAGGUACGGCGGGAAAUAACGAAAAACUUGAGAGGACGGUGGAAGAUAAGGCGGCGAACUGUCUGAUGCUGUUAUCAAGAAUUGGAGAAAACGGCGGAGGAGGCCGAGAGAGUCGUGUUUACAGAUGCAAAACGUGUAUGAAAGAGUUCUCAUCGUUCCAAUCUUUAGGAGGCCAUCGCGCAAGCCACAAUAAACACGUUAACAACAGCAGCAGCGACGAACAGUCGUCACUUUCUUCGGGAUCCAUCGCUAAGACCAAGAGGAAGACCACGAACACAACAAGGUCGCAUCCUUGUCCGAUAUGUGACGUGGAUUUUCCGAUAGGACAGGCUCUUGGUGGUCACAUGAGGAAGCAUAGGAACGAGGAAGAGGCUAGCGGCGCGUUGGUUACACGCUCUUUUUUCCCUGAGGCGGCGACUUCGAUGAUUACGACAUUGAAGAAAUCGAGUAGUGGGAAAAGAGUUGCGUGUUUUGACUUGGGGCCAGAUUCUGUGGAGAGUAGCAUCAAUUUGAACUUGGAAUUAGGAAGUAGCAUGUACUGAUUUUCCAUAUUCAUCUGGAUAUAGUUCCUAUUCCUUAGUUUUAUAUAUAGAGUAAGCUAGCAUCUUGAUUUUGCAUAGAGUUGUUGUAUAUGGGAUAUGAUUUUACAUGAAAGCUCGCAGGGUUGAGAUAUGAAUGUUGCAGUAGUUUUGAAACUAGAAUAUAACCGUUGUUACAGGUCUAGUUGUUAUGGUUAACCACAACUGAAUUUGAAAAGUUUCAUGAUCACUGACAAUUCAGAACAGAUGUUUGUAUUUGAGUAAUGUCAAUGGGAAAAGCUACUGCGUAAUCAAAUAUAGUUUUUUGUUGGAAUAAAAAAGAAUAGCAUACAUUUUUUUAUUUGUUAUAUUUUAAAAAGUUUAAAAAUAUAUUUGUGAUCAAUGGUUGGAAAUUUUUUUCUAAUAACUAUACAAAUGAUGAUGGGUUUAUAUUUGUGAUAAAUAUACGAUCUUGAUCAUUAAUAUAUUUAUAAUCAUCUGUCAAAUUGAAUUACUCUAAAUAACAAAAACCUAAUAUCAUAUGUUUAUCUGGACGACGAUAUCAUGCUUGGACUAAUGCCUUUUGACUGAAAAUAUUAAAAUCAAUGCAUCACAUUUUAGUGGAUUUUUAACAAUUGUUGCAAGUCGAUAACAAAUGAAACUUUAUAAAAUUAAAUGAUUCAAUGCUUUUGAGAAGAAAAACACACAUGUACAUUUCAUUCAUUUAUAAUGGAUCAUGUAAAUAUUUUUAAACAUCAAAUUUCACUCUGUGCAAGGUACGGUCUUAUCCUAGUCUAAUGUUAUUGUUUGAGUCAAGCAUAUAACGAUUUUGCUUCUCAGUAUCGUAAACAUCACACGUAAAUAAUGGUUU